CACUAACCUAACGCCAUUUUAACUACUUGAGCAGCGCGGAGAAGGUUGGUUUGGAUUUGGGUGGUGGACUCCCUAACAGCUUGCUGAUCACAUCCGAGAACAAAUAUUUUUUCAUUGGUGGUAUUUUGGUGCAAGUGCUGAUAUUGCGCUCAGCAUGGCUGUGGUCAUCCGUUUACAGGGCCUUAAAAUCACUGCAGGGUCUGAGGAUAUACGCAGUUUCUUCACCGGACUGACAAUACCCGAUGGUGGGGUACAUAUAAUUGGUGGGGAGCUUGAAGAAGCUUUCAUUAUUUUUGCCACUGAUGAAGAUGCAAGGCGUGCUAUGACACGAUCAGAAGGAUGCAUUAAAGGCUCUCCAGUACAUCUAUUGCUGAGUAGCAAGUCUGACAUGCAAAACACUCUUGAGGCAAGCCGAAAAAAACCUGGAUGUACUGAUGGGGAGAUUACAGACGAAAGACCAGGAGUCAGAAGACCUAAAACAAGGAACCUGCCUACGACCUUUGCAAGGGAUCUAGUUGCAGAAAUUCGAAGAAUGAAACAUUCAAAAUUGACUUCUGGCUUGCAGGAUUCUGGAUAUGUGGAUAUUGACCCUGAUGAUCGUCUUUUAGCCAGUAAGUUGAAUUGUGAUGGCUAUUAUUUGUAUUUGCGUGGAAUGCCAUUCUCUGCCACAGAAGAUGAUGUUAGAAUGUUUUUCAAAGGAUUGGGAGUAGAGGAAAUCAUCUUGCUGAAAAACAGACGAGGCCAGCCUAAUGGAGAUGGUAUAGUUAAGUUUGCAACUCAGCAGGAUGCAUGUGAGGGACUUGAACGCGACAGAGCGUAUAUCGGAACUAGAUUUGUUGAAGUGAAUGCCUCUACAGAAAACGAAUGGAUUGCUGCAGGGGGUAACAUAAGGCCAAGUGAGGAGGUUCUCUACGAUCGCCCCAGAGGUAUGUCACCAGUAUACGUGAAAAGCUAUUCUGAGGAUCGUUCAAGGUCAAGGUCACCAAUAAGAGAACAGCCCGAUUGUCUCGCACCUAGUGAGGAGGAGCAUUACGUCCUGGUGGAAAACCUGUCUCAUUCUAAUGACAAGAGGGAUAUAAAAAAAUUCUUCCAACAUGCAGUCUUGGAUGAUGAUCAGAUUUUGUGGUUACAUGACAAGUACGGAGGCAAGACCAGAGAGGCUUUUGUUUUAUUUAAGAAGUUAAGGGACUAUUGCAGUGCAUUAGACCGCAAAAAGGGUAGGCUUGGGGACCGCACAAUAUACGUAUCUCCCAUUUCAAAGAAGAAAAUGGUGGAAAUGAUUUCUGCUGAGAAGCAGAAGCUAGACGUGUACCAUGAAAGAUCUGUUAAAUUGCAGGAAAAAAAGCAGCAUUCAUCAAGCCAAGACUAUUCAUCUCCAAGAACAUGCAUCUAUGUGCGAAACCUUCCAUUUGAUGUCCAAAAGGAGGAGUUGAAGAGUUUCUUUGCUGGAUUUUGGCUAGCUGAGGAUUGCAUUCACUUGCUUUAUGAUGAAAAAGGUGUUGGGCUUGGAGAGGCUUUGGUGAAGUUCAAAUCUGAGAAAUGGGCAAUAAACGCAGAGCGUUUGAAUAGGAGACAGUUUCUAGGACAUGAGGUGUUGCUGAGGCGUAUUACAAGGGAACAAAUGCAAGAAUUUGGUGUUGAGGACCAUUUGGUAACAGAAGAACAGAGAGAUAAUAGUCCUCCAAGGUACAUUGGAAGUAAUGAGGAGUCCUUUUUCCCAUAUGGAGGAGAAGUUUCAGCACCUGCAUUAAGUGUUCCAUCGGAAACAAUUCCACCCCCCAUGCAGGACUUGACAUUUGGCCGUAACACUGGUAACAAUGGAUUAUAUCAAGCUAUGGAUAAUGCUGGUAGUUUUUGGGAUGGAGGGCAAGGAACAAUGCUUAAUGCAAAUGGAUCAGGUGGCUUUGGAGAGUGUGAUGGUCCCACUUGUGUCAAACUGAUGAACUUGCCUUUCCAAAUAAAUCUGAACGAAAUCUAUGACUUCUGUUAUGGCUACCGUGUAAUUCCAGGCUCUGUAUCAUUGCAGUUCAACAAGAAGGGCUUUCCAAAAGGUACUGCAACAGUUGUCUUUGAGACACACGAGGAAGCACAAUCUGCUGUGAAGGAAUUGAAUAGUAGACCGAUUGGUACUCGAAAAAUCCGUUUGGAUUUUCUUUAGACUAAUGUGGGGUUGAGGGACUAUAGGAUCAGUGUAAAUAAAAUAUUUACAUUUAUGUAAUUGCUAACAAAUGACUGAACAGCUUUGGAUUGUGAGUUUUUAAAAAAGAAAAAAUACAUAAAUAAAACGUUUGUAGAGCAUUACAUUGGUUUAAUCAGAGUUUAUCUGUUAUUGAAGUGGCUGUUUGUAAUCUGAAUGUUGUAGUUUAACGCAAAGUUGACAUUUAUGGAUAAAGUGGAAUUUGUAUCCUACCUCCUAUUUCUUUAUUUUUGAGUUUUAAACCUGUACAGCUGUGAAUAAAUGUUCACUACUUUUCAA